AGCCUAAAUACAAAUAAGAGGGUAAAUUUGAGAGAGUUUAUCUGUUGAAUACCCCUCAAAUUUAAAUUUCGUCGACCUAAAUUCAUGAAUUUCAAGUUCAUUUUUGUAUUCAAACCAUUUCCAUCCCGUACCUCCAUGCCUGGAACUCCGAGGCCUCUAUAAACCCUAGCUGUGUGCGAUCGCGUGGGAAGAAGAUCGCAGCUAGCAAGCCCUCGACUUCAGUGAGUGAGAUUGUCUUACAAGCUCCAGCAAAUGGAAUUUUGCCCAAGUUGUGGGAUGUUCUUGCGUUAUGAGUUGCCACAUUUGGGUCGUCCUGCCCGGUUCUAUUGCUCAACAUGUCCAUAUGUGUGUUAUAUAGAGAACAAGGUAAAGAUAAAGAGAAAGCAGCGUCUAGUUAAGAAAGAGAUAGAACCCAUCUUCUCCAGUGAUGAUAUGGAGAAUGGGCCUGUAACUGAAGCCACUUGCCCACAAUGCGACCACGGGAAGGCUGCAUACCAGCAAAUGCAGAUCCGGUCGGCGGAUGAGCCAAUGACGACCUUCUACUCUUGCUUGAACAAGAAUUGUCGGCAUGUGUGGCGUGAGGAUUAACAGCAGAUUUGAUUUGUGGAGUUGAAUGGAACACAGAAAUUGAAUUAGGAGUAUGCAUAAUCAAGUGACAAAUUUCAUAUUCAUGUACCGAGAUUAUUUUUGUAUUUCUGUGCAAGUGUGAGGAUAUCUUGCCACCUGCUUUUGGUUGUGCCCCAUUUUUUUGUUUCUCAGUAGUUUCUAUGGGUGCAUUUUUUGUUCAUGAAUAUUACAAGAGAUGGCUUCUUGAAUGGCUUGGAAAUGAUAAAAAUUAAGCCUAAGAAGCUGCCUGCUACAUGGUGUUAGUCUCUUUUGUUUA